UGUCGAUCGACGCCCAACAACUUUGAACAAUUCUGGAUGGUCCUUGUUCAUUCCUGACAAACUUUUUUUUUUUCUUUGACAAUGCCUUGUCGGGACGAACUCCGGAAAAACAUCAAAUGGCAGCCAGCAGCAGUCAUGCUGCCCAAAACGACAAGAAGAGCAUCAACGGCAGGCACAAGGUAGAAAGCGUCGCCGCGGUAACCCUGGCAGAUGGCGUUUACGGCGCCGAACGCUCGCCAGGCAGCGGCAUCAUUACACAGCUGGGCCCCGCGCACACGCGUCUGCCCAGCUUUCGGGACUUGGUCGACAGGUUAAAGGCCGUCGUGCCACGGGCGCUCGCCUCGUCGGCUCCAUACAGCAAUGUUCUUGCGUGCAUGGUCGGGUGGGAGGCGAGGGCGGGCGAGGCGGCGGUGAGGCAGGAGCUUGGAGAAGUCCUGCAGACAAAGUAUGGGUACGACGUACGCGAGAUCAGCCUACCGAGCACGGAUGCGGCGGCGGCGGAGUUUCAAUACGGGGUGUAUGAACACAUUCGAGACAUCAAUGGGAGGCAAGGGACCAACAGCGACAGUCUUUUCAUCCUCUACUAUGGCGGUCCAUCGGGGUACAGGAAAAAGGACAGAAAGGGGCUGUGGAUGGACAGGGACGAGAAAGGGUUUGCCGGCAUCGAAUGGGAAAAGGUCAUGAAUCGCAUUCGACUGGUGACGUGCGACGUGCUGCUCGUGCUGGAUUGCGAUUUUGCAUCGCAGGUUGUGGAUCGCGACAUCGAAUGGCAUGGGCGCUGCGAGGUGCUUUCUGGCAAUGGCAGGACCGGCUUCACGAGGGAUUUGACGGCGGCGCUGGCAAAGUCAGCCGAUGGUUCCAACACGUCUGCAAUGCAGCUGGCAUGGACCAGACCCUCUGCAGCUGGAGCUGAAGAAGUCAGCAUUGGACACUGGCAGCGCUUGACCACGAAUGGCGGUUUGCAGGCUGGCAUCUCGAUACGGCCCAUAUCCAAGCAGAACGGAGAGACGCGUUUCCCAGAAACCACAUCCAUGUUGUCUCCAACCAACACGCUAGACUCGCUCGGAGAAGGUUCUGGAGGCAUUGCUCUGGUCAGCAUACAGUUUUCCAACGCGGCCAAGAGUCCCGUGGCGCAAGAAUGGAUCGAAUGGGGCAAGCAGCCACAAGAGAACAAGAAGGCAUCUGGCGCCUCAAUUCUCGACACGAAGCUGCGAGAGCUGGUCAAGUGCCAUGAUCUCUUUGACGGCACACCGGCAGUGGGUAUCGUGUCCAUGCCGGUCUGGCUGUGGAGCUGUCUAGGCCGACAUCCUGCCUGGAAAUUAAUUUCCAUCAUUCCAUCAAACGCCAGUCUCGUCCCGGGACAUUCACAGGUCCACCCUCAAUCAGGGCCGGCCGGGCCAGCAAUACCCCUAGACGAUCCUCCGCAAUACUCGGAGCAGGACAAGUCAAAACCAACGCCAAAGUCUGCAGCUGGAGACGGGCGAAACGACGAAAAAAUCGAAAUGAUCAAGGUGCGAACGGACAGCAACCUCCAGCGCCAAUUCGGCUCAGUCUUGGCUGCUGCGCAAGCCCGCUACGCCGAGUCAACAGGACUCGACCUCAAAGACUUUAUGCAACCGCCGCUCCGCACCGUCGAGGAUCUUCUCACGGUCGUCAACAAACAGAAUGAGCGCUUCGGCAAUUUCCGAGAAAAGCGCAAAUCGUUAUUCGAGGCCAUGUCCAUGGCCUGCAAGCCGCUCGAGGUUGUGGGCGACGCAUUGGCUGGGGCGGCCAGUGAGGUGUUCCCUCCGUCGCAGAACAUAUUUGCCGCCAUAGUGUACCUCAUCGGCGCCGCCAAGGACGUCUCGCAGGUCUACGACUCGAUCGAGGAGCUUUUCGGACAGCUAGCCGACUUCACCUCGAGGCUCAAGUUUUAUAUUUCCGAGAAGCUGUCGCCUGAGCUGCACGACAAGGUUGUUGAGAUCCUGGCAACGGUGUUUGAGUGUCUGGUAUUGGCGACCAAAGAGGUCGAGCGCGGCCGAUUGAAGUCUUACUUUCGACGCAUUUUUGGCCAGGGCUCGCCGAUCCCCGAUGUCAUCAAACGAAUUUCGGUUCUGACGGACGCAGAGACUAGGCUUGUCAACGCAGAGACCAACGCCGUUGUGAAACGGUCUCUAUCCAACCAGGACCGGCUCCUUGAGAUCAUCUCUCGCGUUGAUGUCAACGUGCAAACCAUUCGGACGGAAAGCCGUGAACCCCAGACCAAGGAACAGGCCUUGUCUUCCAACCGCAGCAAACUCAAAACCAUCCUCCGCCCGUCCACGUAUCCAGAAGACACAUACCUUGCGCUCAACCGUACUCGUACGCCAGGGACGGGCAACUGGAUCGUGGAAGAUCCAUCGAUGAAGGCAUGGAUCGCUGGCGACGUCCGCUUCCUCUGGAUCUGCGGCAAUCCCGGUACGGGCAAGUCGUACCUGACAUCUCGCUUGGUUUCGUGGGGCUUGAGACUGCUCGAGGAACAAGAGACGACUCACAUGCUGGGAUACUUCUUCUUCAAACACAACAAUCCCGAGACGCGGUCCGUGGUGCAGGCCCUCCACGACAUGGCCUUCCAGAUCUCCGAGCAGGACGUCUUUUAUGGGAAGCAGGUCCUCAAGGGAGUCUCCAACGGCGGUGAGGAGAUCAAGACCGUCUCGAGUGCGUUCCGCCACUUGCUCGUCGAGCCGCUUGUGCCGGACCAGUGGAGGAGGAACGUGUACAUUUUGUUGGAUGGUCUCGACGAGGCAGACCCAGUGCAGCUGGCCGAAUUCCUCUCGCUGCUGGACGAGCUGAGCCGACAGCCCGUCAACGGCACACGUGUGCAGAUCGCCAUGGUGGGGCGAACGUCGCUGUCUGAUACGAUCAACUCUCACCUCGAGGUGGGCUUGCGCGUGCUCCACAUCACGCCGGAGCGCAGCAGGGUCGACAUCACGCAGUACAUCAAACAAGGCGUCAACUCGACGCGGGUGCUUCGAGGGACGACGCCAGAGUUCAAACAGCAGGUGGUGGACACGAUGCUGGCGCAGGUGGACGGGCUGUUUGUGCUGGCCAAAUUCAUGCUCGCCGAGCUGGCACGGGCCCGGCAUCCACGGCGCGUCAUAGAGGCGCUGCAGUCCUACCCCAAGGAGAUCAACGGGAUGCUGACCAAGACGGUUUUGGACUUUUCGGCAUCAAUCACCCAAGAAGAGGCCAACGACCUCAACGAGAUUCUGUGCUGGGUCUCGGUGGCGCAGAUGGGUCUCACGCUGGAGCAGAUCGAAUCCAUCCUGACCCUCAAGGUUGGCGAUUCGCCUUUCCGCCUCGAGGAGAUGCUGCGCAGCCAAUUCUCGGCCUUUUUCACCCUCGAGCGACCGGAUGGACUGACGACGGCCGAUCUUGCCGACCGCGCAUACACCGCCAUCCGUCAACAGGCAGUCACUUCCAACGUCCGCUCGCCCGACUUGGCCGAGAACGACGCGGACAGGGAAAUCGAGUUUUCGUCCAACCGCCGCACCACGACCGUCACCUUCUCACACGCUUCUGUUCGCGACUUCUUCCGCGACGAGGCGUCCACCUCGCUGCGCGCCAGCAAGGAGGCUCCCGCCAUCGGGUUCAGGCUCACCGAUGCGCGGCUGCACGUUUUGAGGACCUGCAUGCGCAUAUUUACGGACCCCGAGUUCUUCACCGUCAGCAUCGGCGCCAUCAACGACGAAGGCCUCUCGCUGCAGCGCUAUGCGGCAUGGUACUGGCAGGAACACCUCGAGGAUCUGGACCACGACGCCCUCCCGGAAGACAUCAAGGCCGACAUUGGGCGGGAGCUGGUGACCAUGCUGACUGACGACAUCGUGCUGCUGGCCUGGACGAACCUGUUUGAAGAGUCGCUCGACAUCUGGACGGACGGCAAUAUUGCGUGCGUGCAGUCCUGGCUUGCAGACCCACAAGUCACAUCCCAGCUCAGCGCCGAGGACAAAGCCUGGGCGGAAGCGGCCUCCAGGAGCCAGGUGAUCAUGCUUGAGCCCAUGGGCACCGUGUUUGCACGCGCCUGGGUUGAGGAGGGCUUCGUGACCUACAUGCCAACGCUCUUCUGUUUCGGUGUCGUUCAGGUGCUUGCCCUCAUGUCCGAAGACCCGGUCUCGUCGCUCUGGUCCGACUCGGAGCACCACUGGGGAGACAUCACCUUUGAGAUGCGCGUAGACAAGGCGGCAGAGUGGGCGAGGGCGCACAUAUCCACCAAGAGCAACACGGGCCACUGGUACCGCCGAAUCGGGUCCACGCUGCUCAACGUGGGCCUGCACAACCGCGCGCUGCAGUAUUUCCAGACCGCGCUGUCCGUCGACGACGACCUUGGCGAGAGCUGCGGGCGUAUUGGACUGUGCCAUUCCAUGUCUGGCGACUACGCGCGGGCCCUCCGCCUGCACCUGAUUGCCGAGGCCGUCGAGGUGCAAAACCUGUCCCAGGCGCUGCACAUUGACUUGACGGACCCCGAGUCCAUGACGCCCUCGGCUUCCUUUUCCAAGAUUUCUUCGGCAGCACACAGCUUUACCAUGACGCCCGCCUCCUCCUUCUCCUCUGCCACGACCGCCUCCACCACCUCGACAGUGCUGGCGACCCGUCGGACAAGACGCCACGUCGAGUCGGCAAAGUGGCGUCUGUACCAGAGCCUACGACAGAUUGCCCAGUGCUACAACCGGCUGGGAGAUGUGGACAAGGCACUGGGCAACGCCAGGCGAGCAAUGUCGGACCUGUUUAGAGAUAACCGGCCGCCCUUUGAGCCCGAGGCAGCCUACGCCUCCAUCGUGGCCUCGCACUCCCAGCUCGACGGCCUCUUGACCCUCGCCCGCGAGCUAGAUGCCAGGUACACAACGCGAGACGGUGGAGACAGCCGCUUCGUGUCCUUCCUCCUCUCUCAGGUCCCCGACGGAGUCAUCAGCCUCUGGCUACCCGAAGCGGCGGCCCGCAGGGAUGACACGGCCGCCAUGGCGGAGCGAUACGUGCGGGCUGUGGCGGCAGCGCGUGACGCCCAGGACGCCUGGCGCGAGCUGUACCUGCUCAACUGCCUCGGACGCGUCUACCUCUGCUCGCCCGCCAUGGUGAACGACGCCAUCACGCUGCACGAGACGGCGCUCUUUUCGCCGGCCUUCAAGCCCCAGCGCGGCAGCAUGGGCGUGCGGGCCGAGCACGUCGCGGCGUUUGCGCAGCUCGCCAGGGCCUACUUUGCGCGAGCCCUGGCGGCGGACCCGUCCCUCACCAGCUGGGCCGCCGUGUCGCCGUGGAUCGGCAAGCUGGGGGUCCUGAUGGCGAAGCGCAACGGCUUGUUCCGCGACUCGUCGGACGGCGCGAGGAUGCGGGCCGCCGGGCUCGAGUUCAACGAGGCCGCCGUCUACCUGAUGGUGCUUUACAGAAUGCAGGGCUGCUCCAAGAACCUGACCGAGGAUCGCGAGCGGUGGCUGUCCAAGAUGCGGAGGCUGGCUGCGCUGAGGGUCAUGGAGAGCCUGGAGCUGCUCGAGGACGACGAGCCGCAAAACGACGCCGUCGCUGUGCGGAACCUGCAGAGGACGCUGCUCGCGGCCGGGGACGACGCCAACGCCAGGGCGCUGUGGGUGUCGUCUAGGAGGCCCACCACCGACAGGAAGAGCCCCGGCGUCGCCAAGAAGGCCGCUGGAACACUGAGCCCAACCCUCGGCGGCAGCAAGGGGAAGGCCACGCCGCCUAUCGGGCCAGGCGUGGUCAUUGCGCGUCCCGACGCGCCGAGGAGGGACAGUCCGGGAGGGGGCUCGUCGCGUCUCGCGGCCGGGGUCUCACCACACCGCCGAUCCUCGGCCGCCUCGCCGCAUCGACACAACUCGGGGUCCGGCUCGCCCCGCACGAGUCCCUCCAUGUCGCCCUCGCCGAGGAGAAAAGGACGCGACCUGGUGCUGCCCUUUGUCUUUGACCCCGCCUGGAUGCUGACGGACGAGGACGAGGACGGCGGCGGAGGCCAGCACGGCGGCUUCGCGGGCGGCGGCGGCAGCUACGGCGGCGUGGCGGGCGCCAACCCCGUGUGCGACUUUUGCCUGCGCAGGCUGGAGCCGGCCGAGGAGCUGUUUGUGUGCAAGGUCUGCCUCGACUGCAAGUUCUGCACGCCCUGCCUCGCGCUGGUCAAGGCCGGCACCAAGGGCAAGGGGUCGUGCGUGUGCAGCGCCGAGCACGCGUGGCUGGCCGUGCCGCCCCUGGAGCGGGAGCUCAAGGCCGGGGAGAUUCUUGUUGGUGGCGGCGGCGGAGGCGUGGGGGACUCGUCGGCGCCGGCGGCGGUGAUGAAGCUGGAGGAGUGGAAGGCCGGCUUGCGGCUCAAGUGGGUCGUCGCCAGGGGCCGCACCAGCGGCGCCAACAGCCGCGCGCUGAGCGCCGCCAGCGGUGGCAGCGACAGGGGCCACAGUCGCGUGCCGAGCGGCGAUAGCCAGAGCGGCAAGGAGGCCAAGAGGACGUCUGGGUUGGGGAUUUCUGGGUUUGGGGAGUGAAGGGAUGAGCGAUAAAGUUGAUUAAAGUCUGUUGAUCUGAUACAUAUUUUUGGGAUUGUGUGUAUACGAAACCAUCAUUUGGAGUAUCGGGCAGCUUCGGCCGUCGGCUCAUUGUCCGAUUUGUUAAUUUGCUGCACCGAUCGCUGGUGUUAGUCAAAUGCGCAUGCUACAACGGGUGCAAUUCUCCAAGAAAAAGAGCUAAACAAAAAAAUCGAAACGAUGUGCCCGGUUGGGGGGAAUAUGAAGCGUUCAGCUGCUA